GGAGAUUAUCACAUUAGUGUGCAAUAUUUGCCUGGGCGAUUCGGUCUUUACAAGGUCGUGCGCAAUGUUAACAUUUCUACUCUCGUUUCUGUUGUCAUCAGUUUCAACUUCAGAUGUUUCUGGUUACAAGCCUGAACAUAGCUUUAGAGAGGAUGGGGUUUUCAGUCAAAUGAGUAUUGUGAUUAAAUCAUCCUCUGGAGUACUGAAUUUAGUUUCCAGUGAUCAAGCCUUUUCAACUAAUGAAAAGCAUCAGCUUUUGGAGUCUGCCAGGGCCGGUAGCUUGUAUACUGUUCGCAUGCCUCUCAAAAACGAAGAGUUUAUAGAGGCAUCAAUCCGAUCGUGCCAAAUUAUUGCAUCCAAAAUGAGACUGAAGCUCAUAGUUAGUGUGAAUGACGCAGGCGACCCUAUUGCAAUACAUAUGAGUACUCCAAAGUAUGAUUGCUCAUAUGAUGUUUCUGCCAGUUAUGUGGAUCUCCCAGAUUUAUCUAUAACUUUUGCAGUACAUAAACCAAGAUUAGGACCAAGUCCCGAAACCGCAAAAUAUCUAGAGAAACUCGAGAAGCAACGCGAAGAAAUGGCUCGUGCUGAGCAGAGUGACAAUCGUUCCUUUUUUGCUAAAUAUUGGACCUACAUUAUUCCAGCAGUUUUCCUAUUUAUUCUAUUCUCCAGUAUGCAAGAUCCUAAUGCAGCUGGUGGUGGUGGUGGGAAUAUGGGAGGUGGUAAUCAACAAUAAACAUCAGCUUUAAUACAGUAAAAAUACUAUUUUUUGGGAAUUUUGUAAAUUAUUACACUGAAUUCUUAUUCAACUUUUAUGUUUAUUUCGUCUGAAGUCGAAUAUGUAUUUUUUAUUAAAUACUUACAUAAAAUACUUGUAAUUUAUGUCUGACUGACUGGUCAUAUUACUAAUUACUUUUUUGUAAUAUCUUGAAAAAAAUGUUCAAUGUUAUGUUUAUUCUGACAGACUUAAUCAUACUUAUCGAGAGUUAUCAUUUCUCAAAAGUGAAAUACAAAUAUUUGCGAGACACAAUCGACAUCAGUUUGAAUUAUUAUCACGUGUUCAUGAAGACUGACUGUGUUAAGUUGAUGAUAUUUUAGAAAUAAUAUUAGCUAUGCUAUGUUUUCAUUUUUUGUUUAAAAAAUCUCUUUUCUGUUUGCUAACUGACUGAUUGAUUGUACUGUGUACAAUACUUCACUGUAAAACUUUAUACCAAUUCAGUAUUGUUUUGAAAAAUUCACUUCAAACAGGUUUGGGUACUGUGGA